AGUCAGUGUUGUGUAACAGCGUUUGCUCGGCGCUCGGCCCGAUGGGCAGAGCUUCGGGGAGGAUAAAUGGAAGGCGGGCAGGUUGAGUUCAACACAAGCACCUGUCAGUCUGUCAGUGGAGCUCUGUGGACUGCAGAUACUAACUGCAUAUCAUCACUUCAGUGGAUUUAACAAGCGUGUUAAACUCUUGAGAUACUAUAAUGGCUUUCUCACUGCGGACGGCUGUCUUUAUCACUGUUGCACUAUGUGUGCUGGAGCAAGGGUUUGGAUAUCCACUGUCUGAACAAUCUGAAGCAUCAAGCAAUCCACCUGCUCCCAAACGCUGCUCCUGUAGCAGCUGGGAGGACAACGAGUGCAUCUAUUUCUGCCAUUUGGACAUCCUCUGGGUCAACACACCAAAUAAGAUCGCACCUUUCGGUCUGGGCAGUCCUUUGUCCCGCCGCCAGCGUUCCACGGGCCGCUGCGAAUGCGCGAAUCCCGCUGACCGGACCUGCUCCAGUUUCUGUCACACCAGUUUGGAAAAUCCAGAUAUGGAGAUUGUGACCCAAUUGGAUGACCAGUCAAUUCACAUAGACAAAACUAGCAAUUAUCUGCUGUCAUCUCUCAGGAAAGCGAUUAAAGAAAACCUCAUGACAGCCUCUUGAUCAGCUUCAACCAAGAAGAAAUCU